CAAUGAUGUCAUCAAAUAUUGGUAAAACAAUGAUGUCCGAAAUUCCCCACCCCCAAAAUUUCAAAUUCAAAAGGCUCAAACCAAAAAGAGUUGCACCUCACGCCUCUAAAACAGCAUCUCUUCAAUUUAGGUUUUUUACCCAGAUUACAAAUUCCUAUUGAAUGGAAGGUGCAACAAUGAUGUCUGAAACAUCCAACGAAGACGACGAACCUCAAAUCUCUGAAUAUUCGGCCCAAGAAAGUAUCGCAGCUUUAGAAGUUGAGGGAAACCGGAAGCGUAAAGCAUCUAGUUGUGAUUUUGAUUCACAAAACCCCUUUAGUUCGCAGAGUGAUUACACGCAUGAAGGCGACAAAGGAACCCCGAUUAUUACUGACCUGCUUCAGGCUGGUGGUGUUUUUGACUGGGAGAAAAAGAUGAGUGCAGUUUCUUCGAUGGACGAAGAUGACGACCUAUCCUUCGAUCACAUGGUUUGUGAUUCAAGCUCCAAGCUAAUUCCAAAUGGAUUUAUGAGGUCAGACAGUACAGACCUUGUGAUGUUCGUAAAUGCUGGAGCAGAAACCAUGAUUGAAUCUGAUUCAGAUAUAAAGUUUGAGGCUGAUAACUUCUUUGAAGGAGGAGAUACAUUUCAAACUAACGAGUGUAUGACUGAUGGUGGUGAUUUUCUCUUCAUUUAUCACACAGCAAGAUUAGGAAACUUCCAUUACCGAUUUAACAAUCUAACUGAGGGAUAUUACUACAUUGAUCUUCACUUUGUUGAAAUGAUAAACACAUUUGGUCCUAAAGGGAUGAGAGUGUUCAAUGUAUUCUUGCAGGAUGAAAAGGUUCUCUCAGAUUUUGACAUCUUCUCUGUGGUUGGAGCUAAUAAGCCUUUGCAGCUGGUUGACUUAAGAGUUUCUGUUAAGAACAAUGAAGCAAUUGUAAUUCGAUUUGAAGGCAUAAUUGGUAGUCCUUUAGUUAGUGGUAUCUGCAUUAGAAGAGCACCUAAAUUACAAGAUUCUGAUGUGAAACAUGAAUUUCUAAGAUGUCAAAACUGUGCUACUGAGAUAGAAGUCCAUUCAGCUCAGAAAAAAAGGAUGCGAAAAGAAUCAGUAGAAAAAUAUGAAAAGAGGAUACAAGAGUUGACUAGUCAAUGCCAAAACAAGAGUGAAGAAUGUUAUCAAGCUUGGAUGGAUUUAACUGCAACAAAUGAGCAACUGGAGAAGGUUCGAAUGGAACUUGAUAAUAAGUUCUUUGAGUCAUGCACUUUUGAUCAAACGAUGGAAAAACAAUCUGAAAAGAUAAAGGAUAUAUCAAGUAGAUAUGAGCACGACAAGAAGAUUUGGUCAACAGCAGUCAAAGAGUUAUCAGACAAAAUAACUGUGUUGAAGCAAGAUCAUGCUAAGUUGUCUCUUGAAGCACACGAAUGUGUUGACUCAGUUCCUGAUCUAGCAAAUAUGGUUUCUGCAGUUCAAUCUUUGGUUUCCAUGUGUGAGGAUCUUAAAGUGAAGUACAGUGAAGAACAAGCGAAAAGAAGAAAGCUUCAUAAUCAAGUUGAAGAUGCAAAAGGAAACAUAAGAGUUUUUUGCCGAUGUCGUCCAUUAAACAAAUCGGAAGCUUCGUCGGGUUGUUCAACGGUUGUAGACUUCAAUACAGCUUCAGAUGGAGUUCUCGGAGUUUUAACCACUGGUUCGACAUCCACAAAGAAGACCUUCAAAUUCGAUUGCGUUUUCACACCAAAAGACAAUCAAGAUGACGUUUUCGCGCAAGCUUCACCACUUGUAACUUCCGUUUUGGACGGAUACAACGUAUGCAUAUUUGCGUACGGACAAACCGGAACAGGGAAGACGUUCACCAUGGAGGGCACUUCCGGCAACCGCGGCGUCAAUUACCGGACACUUGCAGAGUUGUUUAAAAUUUCUAACGAAAGGAGCGAUACGUUUACGUAUAACAUAUCAGUUAGUGUUCUUGAAGUUUAUAAUGAACAGAUUCGCGAUCUUCUUGCACCUCCAUCAACAACUUCAAAAAAGUUGGAGAUAAAGCAAGCUUCUGAAGGUUUUCAUCAUAUUCCUGGAUUGAUAGAAGCGAAAGUUGAAGAUGUAAAGGAAGUAUGGAAUGUUCUGCAAACAGGAAGCAGUGCUAGAGUUGUUGGAUCGAAUAAUGUAAAUGAACGUAGCAGUCGUUCUCAUUGCAUGCUUUGUAUUGUGGUAAGAGCAAAGAACUUGUUGAAUGGAGAGUGUACAAAAAGCAAGUUAUGGCUGGUGGAUUUGGCUGGAAGUGAAAGGAUUGGAAAGACUGAUGCUCAAGGUGAUAGGCUUAAGGAAGCACAAAAUAUUAAUAGAUCCCUUUCAGCUCUUGGAGAUGUCAUAUCUUCUUUAGCAAAUAAGACCAAUCAUAUUCCAUAUAGGAAUUCCAAGUUGACACAUUUACUUCAAGAUUCCUUAGGAGGGGACUCGAAAACAUUGAUGUUUGUCCAAAUUAGUCCCUCGGAGAAGGACUUGAGUGAAACAUUAAGUUCCUUAAACUUUGCAACAAGGGUGAGAGGGGUUGAAUUAGGUCAAGCUCGAAAGCAAAUUGAUACAAGUGAGCUUCAAAAACUUAAAACAAUGCUUGAUAAAACGAAGCAAGAAUCACAUUUGAAAGAUGAAUCGUUGAGGAAACUAGAAGAAAGCUUGCAAAAUGUUGAAACAAAAGUUAGAGGAAAAGAUCAGACAUAUAAAAACCAGUUGGAAAAGAUAAAGGAGCUUGAGGGAAAAUUGGAGAUGAAAAUUGGAUUGCAAUCUCAAUCAGAAAAAAAAGUUCUAAAUCUUUCUGAGAAAUUGAAGGCGAAAGAGGAAUCCAAUGAUGUCCUCCAACAAAAGGUUAAGGAGCUUGAAAGCAAAUUUGGAGAGCGGGAACAUUCAAAUUCAAUAACUUAUCAACAUAAGGUUAGAGACCUUGAAGACAAGUUGCAAACACAAGUUCAAGAAUCAAAAUCUUACUCCAACACCCUUCAAGAAAAGAUUGAUGAACUUGAAAAGAAGUGGAAAGAACAAAAACAGGAUUCCGAUUCCAUCUUGCUCCAUCACAAGAUUAAGGAGCUUGAAGAGAAGCUUAAAGAGCAAGAUGAAUUAAAAAACGAGAUGGAAGAACGUAUUUUAAAGAGUAGUAAUAUUAUGAACACUCAAAAGAUGCCUAGUUGCAAGAGGCCAAGUUUGCCAAGAAGAAAUGAUUUUGUGGGUAGUGAUAUAAAAAAGAAAAGGUUGUCAAGAAAUAGUGACGUGGAAAAUAUUGUCACUCCAUCAACUUAUUGUAAUACUGAAAAAGUGGGAAGGAAAUCAGAGGUCCCACGACCUCCAACAAGGAUGGUGAAUAAACCAACUUCAUCAUCCCGAAGGACUUUGCCUCAUGGAUUCAAAGAGAAAGAAACCAAGAAAAGGAUGUGGGCUUGAUAAGUAUCAUCUAUCAAAUCAAUGCGCCUGAUAUAUUUACUUAUAUGUAUCAGGCGCAUUGUAUGUAUGUAUCAGAUCGAUUGUGUACACAAUCGAUCUGAUACGUAUAGUUAAAAUACAUGUGUGUAUUAGGUAUUUGUGCAAGUGAGUUUGCUUUGAAUAUGAUUUGAAGUCGAUGUUGUUUAGGAACUUAUAUAUUUUAGGUAGAG